CAGAUUGGCGGUGGAAAACGCACCCACCAUUAGAAUUGAGUGGCAUUCUCGUUAUUUUCUCAAAUCUGUAACCCCAUUUUCGUUACAUUAAAAAGGAUCUCCUUCACUUUAUUUAUUCCCAUCAAAUUUUCUCUACGCUCUUUGUAUAUUUCAGCGUUAAUCUCAGGUUUCUCUCAUCCAGAUCCCUUCUCCAAAAUCUCUUUUCAGGGAUCAUCAACAAGUAAGCGGAAUGGGGCUCACAUUCACCAAGCUCUUCAGUCGACUUUUUGCCAAGAAGGAAAUGCGCAUUCUAAUGGUUGGUCUUGAUGCAGCUGGUAAGACCACAAUAUUGUACAAGUUGAAGCUGGGAGAGAUCGUGACUACUAUUCCUACCAUUGGUUUCAAUGUGGAGACUGUUGAAUACAAGAACAUCAGCUUCACCGUUUGGGAUGUUGGGGGUCAAGACAAGAUCCGUCCAUUGUGGAGGCACUACUUCCAGAAUACUCAGGGUCUCAUUUUUGUGGUUGAUAGCAAUGAUAGAGACCGUGUUGUAGAAGCAAGAGAUGAAUUGCAUAGGAUGUUGAACGAGGAUGAACUUCGGGAUGCUGUGCUUCUAGUCUUUGCUAACAAACAAGAUCUUCCCAAUGCAAUGAAUGCUGCCGAAAUAACUGAUAAGCUUGGGCUGCACUCCCUCAGGCAGCGUCACUGGUACAUCCAGAGCACUUGUGCAACUUCUGGAGAGGGGCUUUACGAGGGUCUUGAUUGGCUUUCUAACAACAUUGCUAACAAGGCUUAAAGUGAUGCAGAUUUGUUAUAGUGGGUUGAUACUGGAUGCAGGCGGGUUUUUAUCUAGUUAUUUUUUCUUCUCAAGUCAGUGUGGUUAUGAAUAUCUCUUCAUGAAAGCAUUUUGCGCGUUCAUAGGAUUUUUUGUAAUGGUUGUUAUACAAUGGUCGAAUAUAUAUAAUUUGUUGUUUGAUUAGAUAUAUUGUUUUAAAUUUGUAAAUAAGGACUAGCUUUCAUAUUUGUUAAUGGUUAAAGUCUUGCAGUCCCCAUUUCUUUUUA